GAUUUGAGACAUAGUAUUAUCUUUAUCUAAUCAAUGAGCCGCACAACUUUUCUCUGAGACUUGUGGAAAUGGAGGAGAUUGUUUUGAAGCAAAAUGUGGUUCCAUUACUCAAUUGCCCUAUCUGCAAAAAAUUAUUUGAUCAUCCCACCAACAUCACCGAGUGUAACCACAUAUUUUGCAGGAAAUGCAUAGAGGACAAGUUCACAGUAGAGAAUCUGAAAGCUUGUCCAGUCUGCAAUGUUGAUCUUGGUGUUGCUCCUCUUAAUAAACUCAAGCUGGAUAACACUUGGGAUUACUUGAAGCAAAAAUUCUUCAAACCGAAGAAGAAAUCUCUAGCUUCACUCGGAGCCACUUCGUCUGGAGGAUCAAUUCUACCUGAUGCAUUGGAACAAAAGAAGCUUGGCAAGCAAAACAAUGUGUCGGCUGGAGCAUCGACAUCUAAAGGAUGCAUACAAAAGGAAAACCACUCUGGGAAAGAUAAGGAAGAGAUUUCAGUAUUAUCUGAUGAUCUUGAUAAGUCCUUGAGUACUACUGAUAAGAGCAACCAUACUGCACUGGUUGCUGAGACGGAAAUAACUCAAAAUGGCAAAGAGAAACAAAAAACUGUCCUUACAGAGAGAAUCUCUGGUAAGAAACCGAAGAACAAAGGUAAAGAAAAGCAAGAAAGCUUCUCUACCCCGAGGAAGGUCUCAGGUCAGAAAGGGAAAGGAAAAGCUUAUUCUUUUCCUCCGGUUUGGAAACCCCGUAUGCAUGUGGAUAUGAGUUCAGGUGGUACAUCAUCACAAACUGAAGCAAGUAACAACAAAGUUUGGUUUUCACUAAUCGCUGUCCUCCCGAAUCAGAACAUUAAUAGGCCUCUACUGCCACAAAUCUCUAGUCAAUACAUACGAACUGAUGGAAACUUACCUGUCUCAUAUGUCAAGAAGUAUGUAGCGAAAAAGCUCGGUCUGCAAAGCGAGAACGAAGUAAUGACUCUUCAAUGUGGAGAUAUGGCUAAGGGAAGAGGCAGUGUGUUCUACACAGAAGCUGCAUGAGUUGGUGGAUUGGUGGGUUCAGACUACUCCAGUUGCUGAGAGGAUAAGCGGCAUGGUUGGGAGAUCCGCUGCUGGAUUUGUCAUGGAUCUCCACUACAGUGGUUCUUACGGCUUUGAAUAAUUCGGCUGGCCAUCUAUCAUCAUCAAACCAUUAACCUUAUUUGAAAAAACCUUUCUUGCGUAAGAAGAAACCAUGAAGAAAAGACUGCACUAGGGUUUACAGCUUUGUUUAUUUUAGUUCUCUAUAUCCCUAUACCUUUCAAAGAUAGCGAGUUCAACGACUUGGGCCUCGCAGGAACACUUAAUGGGCCGUUUUGGUCAUCGUUUAAACCUUGUUUACUUUCUGUUAACUAUGUCGAUGUUGUAGAAAUUCAUUAUCAAAAAAAUUUAUAUCAAAAUAUCAACUUCUUUUCCUUC